AUGUCCCUGGCGGAGCGGCGGCGGCGGCGGCAGCAGGAGGAGGAAGAGGAGCGGGAAGGGGAAGCAGGGGAUGGGGCCGGCGCCGGGGAGGAGGUGGUGCAGAUCCGGCUGGGGGACAAGUGCUACCCGGUGUGCAAGAGGAAGCUGAUCGAGCAGAGCGACUAUUUCCGAGCGCUCUACCGCUCGGGCAUGCGGGAGGCAGGGCAGGGCCAGGAGGAGCAGCUGCUGCGCGGGGGGCUGAGCGCCCUGGGGCUGGAGCUGGUGCUGGACUUCAUCAACACGUCCUGCCUGGCCAGGCUGGAGCAGGAGGAGGGCGGCGAGGAGGAGCCGCCGCUGCUGGAGGAGCUGGUGGAGGCCGCGUCCUACCUGCAGGUCACGCCCCUGCUGCGGCUGCUGCUGUCGCAGGUGCGGCUGGGCAACUGCUUCGAGCUGCACCGCCUGGCGCAGGUGUACGGCCUGCAGGACCUGCACGACGCCUGCCUGGACUUCAUGGCCGCCCACUACCACCAGGUGCUGCGCAGGCCCGACGCCCGCCCGCACCUCCUGCUGCCCCCGGCGCUGCAGCAGCAGCUGCGGGAGCGGCGCAUGAGGGGCACGGCCACCCUGGUGCUGCUCGGGGACUUCAUGGGCGCCUGCCCGCCGGGGCUGCCCGCCGGCUGUCACCCCGCGGGGGACGCGCCCUGGGCCAUGCUCCGCUACGACGAGGAGGCGCAGCGGUGGCUGCCGCUGGCCAACAACCUGCCCGCCGACCUGGUGAGCGUCCGCGGCUACGGCUCGGCCACGCUGGACAAUUACCUGUUCAUCGUCGGCGGCUACCGCAUCACCAGCCAGGAGAUCUCGGCCGCGCACUGCUACAACCCGUGCCUGAACGAGUGGAGCCAGCUGGCCUCGAUGAACCAGAAGAGGUCCAACUUCAAGCUCCUGGCUGUCAGUGGAAAGCUCUAUGCCAUUGGUGGCCAGUCCCUUGCCAAUGUGGAGUGCUACAACCCGGAGAAUGACUGGUGGAAUUUUGUGGCGUCUAUGCCAAACCCUCUUGCAGAAUUCUCAGCUUGUGAAUGCAAGGGCAAGAUCUACGUUAUUGGAGGAUACACUGCACGAGGCAGGAACAUGAGCAUCCUGCAGUACUGUCCCACUUCUGAUUCCUGGACCAACUUGGAGCUGUGCGACGUGCACGUGCGCAAGCAGCAGAUGCUGUCUGUGGAGGAGACCAUCUACCUGGUGGGGGGCUGCAUCCUGGACCUGGGACCCAGCCACAGAUCCAGCCCCAGCGAGGACGUGCUGACCGUGCAGUCCUACAACAUCGCCACCAAAGAGUGGCUCUACCUCAAUGAGAACUCAUCGAAAUCCGGCCUUAACUUGACUUGCACGCUGCACAACGAUGGAGUCUAUAUCUUGAGCAGGAAUAUUACUCUGUCCUCCAGCUUGGAGCAGCGGCUCUUCCUGAAGUACAACAUCUUCACGGACACUUGGGAGACCCUGGGGCGCUUCCCAGCCUUUGGACAGAACAUUCUGAUCUGUUCUAUGUAUUUGCCUGAUGGGCGAAAAGUGUAACAGCACCAGGGUUUUCUUUUCAGUUCAUUAAUGGUUCUUUGAUGAAAUAUUGCUGCCUCUGAAUAUUUCCAUUUUCAGAAUGUCAUCUGGUUGCAUAAUGCAGGCAUAAAAUACUGAUUCUGUUCUCUAAAAAGGUUUCACAAUUCAGUACGAAGAGAAAUGCUUCCAGAAACAGUUUGAAGAUGGGGAUUUGAACAUUUUACUAGUUUGGAUUAAAAUUUCACCUGGUAUUGUUUGCAAUUUAAACAUAAAAUUAUUGUGUUGGCAACUGAUACAGGAGUUCCAAAGGCAAAAAUGAUCAGUCUGGUUUUAUUCUUCGUCUUAGUAGACAGCGUAGAACAAAACAUACACAUUUUAAAAGUGGAAAUAAUUCAAUAAAGUAAAUAAUUAGUAUAAUCAAAAUCACAACAGGAUUUAUUUAUUUCAAAAUACAGUUUUUACUUAAGCAAUGUUCUGUCAAAUGCGCACUGUUUCAGAUUGUUUAUACUAUCUCAUUUUUAUCUCUUCCAUGGCAGCAAGUGAAAUUGUCAAAGGUGCCAGCAAUUGGGAUCCUAUCAAGAACUUUCUCUGAAUUAUUUGUAGUGCAAUGCUUUGCCAGACACUGAUAGGAGUUACCUAGAGACUACAGUCACUGAUUGGAAAGUAGAUGCUCCUCUAAUGGAAGUUGGCAGCAUUUCUUGCUACUAUUAAGAUAGAGGUAAAAAGGCUCUUUAUUCAAAGGGUGGAGUUUCCUAAUUGUCAUAAAGGUUUGAGUCUUA